CGGGGCGCGGGUUGGAGGCGGGCGUGCAGCCGGCCCGGACGCCGCACUAUGCUCCCCAGCGCCGUGGCGGCCCACGCCGGCGCCUACUGGGACGUGGUAGCUUCCUCCGCGCUCCUGAACUUCCCCGCCGCGCCGGGCUUCGGCAACCUGGGCAAGAGUUUCCUGAUCGAGAACUUGCUGCGGGCUGGAGGCGCCCAGCCUCACGGGCUGCCCCCGCCCCCGCCCCACGGCCCGGCCGCCACCCUCGCCGCGGGCGCGCAGGUCCGGCCCCUGCCCGCCAGCCCGGUUCCCCUCAAGCUGUGCCCCGCGGCCGAACCGGUCAGCCCGGGCGGGGCGCCCUACGGCACGCGGUGGGCGUUUCAGGUGUUCAGCCCCUCGGCGGACGGCGCCAGGCUGCCGGGCCGGACUCCGGGGGACCGAGACUGUACCUUCCAGCCAUCAGCCCCAGUGCCUCCCAAACCUCCCUUUCUGAGCGCCCCGCCGUUCUGCUCUGCGUGCUGCGGGGGGUCCUGUCGGCGCCCUGCGGCCCCCACUGCUUUUCCAAGAGAAGAGAGUGUGCUGCCUCUCCUGACACAGGACUCUAAUUCCAAAGCUCGGAGGGGUAUUUUAAGAAGAGCAGUCUUUUCUGAGGACCAGAGAAAGGCUCUGGAAAAAAUGUUUCAGAAGCAGAAAUACAUCAGCAAAACAGACCGAAAGAAACUUGCCAUCAGCUUGGGUCUAAAGGAAUCACAGGUGAAAAUCUGGUUUCAGAACAGAAGGAUGAAAUGGCGGAACUCCAAAGAAAAAGAGGUGCUUUCCAGCAGGUGUAUCCAAGAAGGGGGCCUUCAAGAGGAUCCCCUCUCGCGAUCCGCUCUGGUGUUCCCUUCCCCGUGCCCUUCACUCUGGGAAGUCUCCCAGCAGCACUCAAGUCCAGGAUGGAGGGAGAAUUCACCAGAGCCUUCGGAGAGACUAACCCAGGAGAGUCCAGGGGCGCUGCCCCCAGAAGCAACUUCCCUGCAAGGUGCCUUGUGUUUGUGUUCUGAAGAGGAAGCCGGAGACAAGGGCGUACUCACUGGCGCGGUGUGAACGGCAGCGCGCUGCCACGUUAACUCAAAGGAACGCCGAACUAAUAAUGCCUGGACUCUGAGCCCGCUAGCUCGCGUCUCAUCAGUGCCUAAAACUUAACGCCUGUGGACUGAACCGUGCACUAAUGUUUUAGGAAACCCUCUCCAGUGUGCUCUUAUUCGGGUCCUAGACUCAGACUUAAUUUGUAAGUUGAACAGAAUCUCCCAGGAAGUACAACAAACCGAAAAGAAUGAGAAUGAUAGUUGGUUCAGUCCCCGCUCUGAGUAUGUGUAUAUAUGCGUGUGUCUCUGUGUGUGUGUAUAUAUAUAAAUAUUCAUUAAAAUACAUUAGUGGAAACUAGUUCCUCUUUAAAUAGUGCAUUGAGCAAAUUCACUUCCUUUUAUGUGAAGAAGGACCAACUGCGGGUUUUUUUGAAAAGGAUGCGAAAUUUGGACUUGAGUUCAGAUUUUUCAUAUCAAAAGAACAUGUUUUUAAAAAUGCUCUAUUUUCUGGUUUCCUUCAGCAUCCCCAGCUGUAAAUGAUUUUUAACAACUCAGCUCAGCAGUCCUGAUCAAAUGAGCCACUGUUAGAUAUCUACACUGAAAGUAUAUAUUUAAAAUUAACCCAACAAGCACACUAGAAGAAUUUCUGAAUGUAACUAUUAGUAUCUCUGAUUUCCAAGGCUCUGGACUUUAUCAGGCCGUCAGUGAGGGAAGUGUCUAUUUAACUAAUGAUUAUCUUUUGAUCUCUUCUCGGUAAGGAUGGGCCCUAGUCAGGGUUUGCAAAAAUAAAAUGCCUUUAAGGGCCUGUCAGGUAAAUAGAGGUCAUGGCCCACCUAAAGAUAUUCGAGUUUAAUAAUCUUUCAAAUCCCGUGUUGGCUGAACCCAACAUCUGUGUCAAGUAAUUUGUGACCUCCGGCCAAGACUUAAAGAAGGGUCACAGCUCUUAAAGUGUUCCCAACUGGACUUCAAAACCCAAUACUGAUGGAAUCUAUCGUGAUUUCUGUUUACACCUCUAGUUAUAGACUCAAUUUUCCACUUAGGUGGUGUAUACUAUAUAUUAGGUUAUUUUUAUAAAUUAACAAACACCACACAGAUGUUUUAUGCCUUGUGAAUGCUCUGAAAUAGUAGUAUUAUAAAAUUGCAUUUCUGGUAACGAUUUGCUUAGUUAACCUAGAAAUUUCUAUUCCAGGUCCAAGAAGAAAUUAUGUUUCACUCUGAAGGAAAUGAGGCAGAAAAGGGAAAUGAUGUGGUUUUGAACGAGGGUUAUUAUUAAUCUGUGGACAAACAACAUGAUUAGAAGUUCAUGAUGUGGAGUUUUGUUAGUAAGAAAGCUGCGUAAACAGAGUGGCUUCUAAUUUGCUGACAUUCUUAGCUAUAGAGGGUUUAGGGUGUUUUAGAAAAGGUAAUAUUUUGGAAGAUAAUGGUUUUUGUCAACAGCAGGAAGUUAUUUUGUGUGAAUGGAACUUGAAUUGGUGUACGCCAGUCUGUGUCUUUAUCACAAGCUCUUCAAAAUCAUCUCAGAAGCAACUUGUCUUGGUGCCUCUUUGCAGGAAAUAGAGGCAGGGAUCUGCUGACAACAAUUUAAAUUUUAAAACCUGUCUUCAAAUGAUUGAUGGUAUGGCUUCUUUUCUUUGUAUAGUGUUAACCUCAUUUACGUUUAUUGGGUUCUUCCUAGGUCCUAGGGACCGUGCUAAGCCCUUAGGGUAGAUUAGCUCAUUUAAUCCUCCUGACAAUAACCCUAUGAUGUAGGGACUGUGACUGUUAGGAUUCUUGUUGCCCAGACAGGGGCCCCGGGGCAGAAUGAUGAGGGUGAUUGCCCAAGGUUGUGAGGUUAAUAAGUGGCAUUUGGUCCGUGGCAGUCAGGUUUCAGAUCUUGAAAUCUAAGCAACCACGUGCAGGUGUACACCCCACUGAAGUCCGUUCACUGUAGGAUGCAUUGUAAGACAUCCAUUUUGGCUAUUGCCGCGAAAUUUAUUAUAGAAAUUCAGAAGCACAGUGUACUUCACAGUCUCUUACUUGGGGAAUGGUUUUCUCUCCAGUAUUCUCUUCUCCAUUAAUUUUGGUUUAGGGAAAGUAAAGAAUCACAACAGCCUUCAACUAUGAAGCUGUGAAGCCUCUGUAGUGAAUAGUCCCACAGGAGUGUUUUAAGUGUGAAGUGGAAUUUUUUUUUUUUAUCACUCAUCGCUGGAAAUCAUACAGUGCUUAUCUACGGUCAAUGUUUCUUGAGAAUAACUGAAAAUCAAAUGAGAGAAACCUGCGUCUUGGCCAUCUGAUUGCUCAGGCUUUAGAAGUGAGCUAAUUGGUGCUUAAAUGAUCUAACCCCCACCCCCACCCCGGGUUUCACCUGGAGCUCUGAGCCAGCAGAGACUCCUCUCUGUGUGAUUGGCUUGAUGUGCAUAUAUGCAAAUAAAUGUUUUCAUUGGUUUCCA